AUGAAGGAUAACAUCGUCAACCCGCCGGAGAAGGAUCCGAAUUUGAUCAUGACUGUAGCUGACCAAGGUCAGGGAGGUCUCGAGGCAAAAACCCGAUCAAAUUUGACCACUCAAUCGUCGAUUGCUCUAACAAAGGAUAAUCCUGCCAUCACGACUCCCAAGCGCAGCAGCAAGCGAAACCCUUCAGAAACCGCCGAGGAUGGCGCAAUGAAAGGCCGCUCGCUCUUCCCAUCUGCAGUUCCCCAAGUUCAGGACGUCGCGGUCAACACUCGCCCAAAUCCGACCACUCCUUUGUCAAUUGAGUUAACUAAGGACAAUCCGCCUGAUCCCACGACUUCAAAGAGCCAACGCAAGCAUCCCCCUCCUUCCAAAACCGCCGAGGAUGGCGCAGUGCAAGGAUGA